ACAACACGUAUUUGAGGCAGUGAUGACCAAGUUAUCAAAGUGAAAUCUUUUGAAGUGUAAGAUUAUCGAUUACAAUUACAUUCCUUUACAAUUAUAAUUCUAGACGUUUACUAGUCUAUCUACGGUUGAUAAUUGGUCAAUUAUGUUAUCUAAAGACUGCAACAGUGUUAAUGUUCAGUCCAGGUUGUCUUCGAUCAUGGAGGUGUUGUCUAAGUCAGCUGUUGCCGAGAUAACUAAGGUGUUUGAUGACGGUUUCCUACUCUUGCGAUUGGAAAUGUGUCGGAAGGACGCAAAAAUCGAGGCUUUAAAGCAAAAAGUGGUCGCUUUGGAAGAUGAUUUGCAGUCAACACGUCGAAUGACAGGCUCCGCACCUCUGCCCUGCUGCGAAGAAACAGCGGACGGUGAAAGGAAACACGAUGAAGGACUUAAGGAAUGCCAUGGAGGAACCGGCCAGAACCAUCACAUAUUUCCGGUGAUGCAGCAGAGCCUGACCAGUCCUCCGCAACAACUCGAGGGAACGCACUCUCUCGUCUGUCACAGUGCCGAAUGCGACGCAGAAAUCUCACAAACAGAGGACGGCAACACAAAGGUCCCACACACACAGGACUUCAGUGCGCAGACCAGACAGAGGGUGGACUUGGACACUCCAGAUGUGUCGAACUCAAACCCACACAGCGCACGUGCUCACACCUCUACCUCUCAGCUCACACACACACAUCUCACAGACUCUCAGGACUCGGCCUCUGCGCUCACACACACUCAGGGUCCGGUGGGGGUUGGGGAGCUGCAGCUGGAGCUGAAGGCUGAGCAGGAGGAGCAGCUGGACCAGACCCUCCACCAGGGGGCAGUGGAGUGUGAGUACACGCCUGGGGCAGCGGAGCACGGCGGCCCCCAGUCAUGGGCAAACAGCAGGGCAGAGUCACACCACAUGAGUUCUGAGACAAUGGGAGGGGCUGGGGCAGAGCUUACAACACAGCCACAGGAAGCAGAAGCACACCUGGAGCCCUUUGCGAUGGACGUUUCUGGAAGCGGGCAGAUCUCCCAGAUGGAUUUGCGGCCUGAGGAAGUGGAGCAGAGAGACCUGCAGCCGUGGCCUCACCGCAAGGAAGAGCUAGAGGGGCAGGGACAUCCUGUCAGUCACCACCCACUGGGUGUGGCCUCGCUGGUCCACCCCUCCAGUCAGCCAUGGCUGGCCGUGUCUCCUAACAGUGGAUCAAGGGCAGGGCCUAAAAGAGGCGGUUCGGCGGUUUGGAGCAAGGCUGUGUCCGCACACAUGCACACAGCAGCUUUUCCAAAGCCAACACAGGACGUGAUAUCACACCUCAGCCUGCAGCCGUCUGCCUCUCGGGAUAAACACCUCCAGGCUCAAAAGACAUCUGUGCAAGGCCAGGUAAACAACAACGUUGUCAUGGACAACCACAGUGGCAGAGCUGGCGUUGGUGGCGGCGGCAGCAGCGGUGGCAGCGGGGUUGUGGGGAGGAGCGCUGUCCAGAGGAGGGCACCGGUGAGGGAGAAGUGGUUCAUCUGCUCGUUCUGCGGGAAGAGCUUCGACCGCUUCAGCCACCUGCAGAUGCACCAGCGCGUGCACACGGGGGAGCGGCCGUACAGCUGCGGCGUGUGUGGACGCUGCUUCACCCAGCAGAGCAACCUGCGCACCCACCAGAGGGUGCACAGAGACCGGCUCACACACACGCUGCCACACACACACGCACGGACAUACCGGUGAUCAAUUUUAAACACACUACCACACACACAUAGGUCUCUACCAUGGAUAAUUGGUUAAACAAAGAGAUGCAUACAUUAGAGGGUCUACAGUGACUGGGUAACACAUACAGAGCCAAUGAUUGAUUAAGUACAGGUACACACACACACACACACACACACACACACACACACACACACACACACACACACACACACAAGGUUGCAUAGUGACAUGGCUAGACACACUUAUAGCCACAUACAGUACACCCAGACGUCCCUACCAGUGAUCGGUUAAACACAGAUACACACACCAGUUGGGCAGCAGUGACAGCCCUGCGCAGUCAAACAUCCACACACAUUCGUGUCCCUACCGAUAUACCAGGACACACAAGCUUGAAGAGGGACCACAUGGACACACACACACACACACACACACACACACACACACACACUCGUCCUUACUGAUGAGGGGGUGAACAUAAAGACCAAGGCCAAAGGCACACAGAAGUAGAGCCAGACACCCAAACGCAAAACAUAGCCAUAAUAGCAGCCACAGGACCAUACGAAAAGGUGCACACAGUUAGGGCCUAACAAACUCACAACCUGCUGAUUCUGGCUCAUCUAAUGACUCAAACACAAAAACAAAGACAGUUGCAAGAGCAUUUUAGAACCCUUAAUUUUACUAUGGUCAUUACCUCUAAGGAAACUUUUUUACAAUCAACAAAGGACACCAAGUUCUAUGCAGUGCAUUCAAGAACCGUACUGCUAUGUGACAUCAGUGCAGGCACAUUAAUUGUGUUGUUUAAAAGGACGCCACACUGUGCAACCUGCUUAGAAAGUUACCCCCCAACUGUUACAUGGAGUAAGAAUUCUAGUGACAUAGUUUUCUUUCACAACUGAACUUUCUCAGUCACCCAGUGUAAUAGGCAGUGUCCUUUAGGGGUGGAAGGGUAAUUUAUGAUCACCCUUAUUCUACUAUUAUAUACUGUAUAUUGAAACACAAAACACCCAGACUAUAACUGUCUAUUUUAAUGUCAUGUCUUCCAUGCUGCCAGUUAUACAACCCCAAAUCAGAAAAAGUUUGGAUGUUGUAUAAAAUGCAAAUAAG